UACAUACAAUACAGAUCACAGAUCCAUCCACCGAAACACUCAUCAUCAGAACGACGCAAUCUGUUUUUCCAGCAAAAGAAAGAAAGAAAGAAAGAAAGAAAGAAGAUGCCGUCUCUUCAGACAGCGUUGCCUCCUGAACUUGCCAAUAAUGCGAUUCGACUUUACCGUGAAUGCCUUCGAAGGGCUAAAUAUGUAGGCAGUCGGCAACAUAAUACAGCACUUGUUAUUGAUAUGGUGAGACAGCAGUUUAAAAGACAUAUGCAUGAAACAGAUCCUGAGAAGAUUCAGAAGCUUAAGGACGAUGCGGCAAGGGGACUCAUAAAUCACAUGCUACACGAAUCUGAGAAGAUGUCUGGCCGUAAAUUCAGCCAGAGUUCUUGAUGCUGAUGUUUCGUUGGAACACAUCUAUGAAUUUUAUUGAGCCAGAGCUUUUAUUCCAAUGUUAAACAUGGAGUGGAGAUCCAAGGCCAAAGGUGUCUCUUUUGUACUAUAACAUUUUUGGGGCUUAAACUAUUGUACUGUGUAAGAUCAGUGUCGUUUGUUCGGAGUAUUUCACUUAGCAGGGAAACAUUCAAUACCUAAGUUAAUUUGAGCAUUUUCAUCUUGUCUGAACAAGCGCUGGUUGUUUGGACAGGAUUCAUACCUAUCAACUUUAAGCCAGAAAGGUUUUGAAGUCCUGUUCUUGUGAAACCAGCAUCAAUACGAUUUCAUCAUACAUUAGUAUCAUAUAAGCCACCUUAUCAUC